CCAUCCCCUCCUCCACUACUGUGACCCUCAAGUCAAAGGUCCCUGUCCCGGUGCAGAAUAACGGGAGGCCGGUGGAGGGCAUAGAGGGGCCAGACGCCACGGUGGUAGUCCUGAGGAGGGAUAAGAACUCGGGACCCCAGCCUAUCCGCCACCCCUCAUACAUCCUGGCUGUGAACGACACUGAUGUCGAGAUGCCAACGGAGGUGGGGACUCCAGCAGCCAAGGGAGGAUCGGAGUGCUGGCUGCCCAACGACACCCAGCAAGAGGUGACCAUGAGAAGGCUGGGCAAGCAGCGCAAGGCUUCGUGCUCCAGCAACCUGGACGACUCGCUCGACUCCAUCCCCUUCAUCGGUAAGAAACACGUUUCUGUUCACUUUCUCGACUUCUUUGUUCCCAUAGCAACUCCUCACAGAAAGGGAGAGUCCUGCGAAGGGAUGGAUGUGUGUGUGUGUGUGUGGUAAGCAUACACUUUAAUUAGGUAACGCCUUCAUAACACACUCUAACCGUUAGUCAAUCGCAUUUGCAUUGUAAAUUGCAUAUCAGGAGUUCCUGUUGCUCCGGUUUCAGCUUACUAUAGGAGAGAGAGAAUUUGUUUUGUUUGUGUGUAGACUGAUUCGCUUAAUGUGCCUGGCAAAGCACAUAAUAUCUCUUGGAUGGAGAGGUUAUAUCAGUGUUUUAAUGUUUUAUCAGUUUCUGCCCUCAAGUCUUAGCAGGUGGGAUUUGUCAUGCAGUAAAAGUCCUGAUGUUCAGACUUCCUGCUGCACUGUUACAAAAUGUCAUAAAUGUCCUUAACAUCAUAAUGUCACCAUAGCUUUAUAUUUUUCUCUUGAUGGCUUUAUACAGUGAGAGAAUUUGGAUAGAGUAUAUCACCAAUGUACAUAUUGAUGGAAGUAAUUGAGCUAUAACAGCUUUUGGUGGCAGUGGUUUAUUGGCUGUCUGAACAGAGCUGGCUUUGUUGUUGAGGUAUGUCGUAAUGCUGGGUCAGGGCAGGACAAAUCUAUUUGAAAUGGGGAAACUGUAUAACGUGCAUUCCAUUUCAUGUUGAUAUACUGUAUUGCCAUUUUAUUUAGCAUCAGCAGAUAUGUUGAUUUUAAAGUGUCAGAGUCAGCUAUUUAUAGCCCCGUAUUUAGUUCUUUACCUAAACAAAACAUCUUACAAGAGAAGAGGGUACACUCAAUGUUGACAGCAUGCUUAAAUGCACCAAUGUAAACAAAUAGUGUCUUAAUUUUAAAAGGCAGACAAUCAGUUCAACAAUUACAUGUCUUUAUGAGGGUUAAAGGAACAUAACUAAUCUAAAGUGGAUGUCCCAGUAAGCUAGAGUGCUCCUGGCUGUUUUGGAUCAACAUGACAUCAUGGCAGGGUCAGGCAAAGGAUUUUGUGACACUGCACUGCAUGUUUGUUUUACUAUCCUUUUGGGGAUCAAACAAUUGAUUCCCAUUCAAAAUCAAAUUUUCCUUAACCUAACCUUAAACCCAAACCCUAACCACAAACUCUAAACCUAACCCCUAACCCUAAUUCUAACCCUAAGCUUAAAAUAGCAGUUUUCUUUGUGGGGACCAGCGAAAUGUCCCCACUUGUCCGAAUUGUACUUGUUUUAAUAUCCUUGUAAAGACUUCUGGUCCCUACAGGGAUAGGAAAACAAAAAACACACACAUACACACACAAAUGCUCAAACAUAGUCGCACACACACAAAAUAAAAUCUCAUUUAUCCCCCAGUAUUGUAAAGCAGGGGAAACCUGAGAGGAGUCUACUCCUAAAAGGCUGUGGCAGAUCGUAAUGGAACUCUUAAUUGAUCUUUUUUGUUGUUGGUAAAAUAGACAUAUUAUCAUGUCUUUAGUUUAUGUGUAUUCGACUGUGUUGUUUUUUUAAGAGUCUGAGGUGGAUUUAAUCUUAACGUGCCAAUAGUUUCAUUGAUGAGACCGAAGGAUCAUGAACUUGACCUGUCCAUUAACUGGGGUGGCCCCACAUGAGUCAUCAUCCACCAAUCAGGGCAACUUUUACUCAGACAUACACCAGUGGCCUAAAGCCCACAUCAGUUAAUCAUAUCCUCUUACACACAUAGACACACAUAGACACACAGACACACACACACUAGCCCCAGAGAUGGGCUAUCCAAUGUCAAACCAACUUUGCCACGGUCGCACACCAUACUAUUAGCUGAGCAACACUGUUUGCACUAUGACUAACUGAUUCAAUCCCCAACCAUUUUGAUCUGUUUUGGGUAGUCUUACAUUUGGACAGCUGUUCCAUUUUAAUCAAGUACAUGUGUCGAGCAAUGCUGUUUGUUGCUGUUCUCACGAACACAUGAAAUAGGGAACAUCUGUCUGGUAUCAUGGGAGCAAUCUGUGAGAUUAUGUUGGGGAAUUUCACUGCAACGAUCUCUGCAGCCGAAAACCAGGUCAGAUGUUUCAUAUUAAUGUGUGCUUUUAAAUUUGAAAUGUUUUGCUUAGGCACACAUAGGAAUGGAAGCUUUCAGAUUGCUCUGGUCUAUGUUUUAUUUUCCUUUUAAUUAAUUAUUUGUCCCACAUAUUGGCAUAUUGAUUUUAUUUGGACCAGUUCACAGAAAUAAUACUACACGGAUGAUACAGAUACAUCUGUGAAACACUUUGUUUUAGGAUUAUAAUUAACUGCUUUUGGUAGUGAUACAUUUCUGUUUGCCCUGUUAUUAUUCAUACAUUCUCAAUUUCAUGGCACUCCCCUUCAUUGCCAGACGCUUCCAUCCUGUAUCUUGCGUCACGUGCUGCCUGGUCAAACAGAAAUAUGGGAUAGAAUGUCAAAGGCAGUGUUACUCACUGUUCUCAGUAAAAUGAUGACUUGCCUGGGUGUAGCCUUACUGUUCAGACUCGGUGACAGUUACGUCUGAGAAGGGUAAUGAAAUGUCAACUCACUUUCCCUUCCUGUGUGUUUGUUGAUUGUGGCGGUUGUGGACUGGGUUACCUGUCUAGUGACCAUGCUGUCUUUGAUAAGCGUCAUGUACUCAUAACCAGACUGUGUGUUUAGUUGUAGGCCUAUAUCUCCUCAUGUCAUUUGUGUUUUAUUGGUGUCAAACAGAGAACUUAGACUGCUUCAGUAUGAGUUUCACUCAAUCCUAAACUGUGAUGCUUGACUGUGUAUUUGUGCUAUAGUAGGCUUAAUUUACGUUUGAGACUGACUACUUUUACCAGGAUUUAUGAUUUCUCUAUCUUUAUUCAAUGAUGUUUUUGGAGUAGAACGGGCGGCAGGUAACCUAGCGGUUAAGAGUGUUGGGUCAGUAACCGAAAGGUCGCAGGUUCGACUUUCCGAGCAUACUAGGUGAAAAAUCUGUCUAUGCCCUUGAGCAAGGCACUUAACCCUAAUUACUCCUGUAAGUCGCUCUGGAUAAGAGUGUCUGCUAAAUGACUAAAAUUAAAAAAUGUAGAACAGGAAUAGUGUCUAUUCUUGUUUAACUUUGGUUCUCCUCACAUAAUUUCCAGAUGAACUAUCCAGUCCAAGUAUCGAUCACGACACCAGUCACAUUUCCACUUCAGCUGUAAUAUCUGUUACUCCAUUCAUCACCACCAUCCCGCCCAGCCCCACUUCUCCUUCUCCUCUCAAUCGACGACAGCUGUCACAUGACCACGGUAAGGUUACCCCCUUUUUAGAAAAACUGGCCAGGGACUGACAGCAACGAUAUGCAUGCUUUAAGAAUUGGGUGUUAGAAAUGAGUUGAUGGCUGAAUUUGAAUACUUGGUCCGCAAAAAGGCUUGGGACACUUACAGCCUUGAGCUAAGACCUUGAUCAUUAUUUGGCUUAUUUUUUUAAGAUUCUCUUCGGCUCACAAUUAUUGAGCGGUCCAAAUCCUACGAUGAAGGUCUGUAUAACUACAGGGAAGGGUGAGUCCUCCUAACUGUAAUUUGGCCUAAAACAGUGGACCAGUGCAGUGUCAUGAACAUUUUAGUCCUUUCCGUUAGACUAACUUGUGAUGAUUGUUUUCUAAUUUCACUCAUGUCUUCCUUGUAGGAGACAAAUACCUGGUCUAAAGUGCCUUAGGAAGGUGAGUCCGACCUCAACACACAGUAAUAUCAACCCAAGUAACAAGAAACUGUAAAAGUGACAAACCCUCUGGUCACUUUCCACAGAAAUGGUGGUGUUCCUACUGGCUGUCAGACUCGACUGCAUCAUCAUUAUUUGCAUAUCCUGUUCACACCCUUUAGAUAUGAGUCUCUCCUCUGAAUGGCUGGUAUUGAUGUUGGCCAGUAGCGGUUGUAAAAUGGAUAUUGAAUAAGCCAAAUGAGCUCUAAAGACCCAGCCUGGAUGCCAACCUUGCCAUUUCUGUCUGUCUGCUCACUGGAGGGGGCAUUAUAAUAGUCCAAAGUCAGGCAAGGGUCAUCCAAUCAGCUAAACUGUCCACUGGAGGGACUCUACGUGACCAUUCCUCAUUAUCCAGCCUGCUGAAUGGCCCCAGAGCCAGACUGAAAGGACAACCAGCAGAGCAAGCAGACAGCUUUCCAAUGACUCUGGGUUACUGAAGGCCUUGAUUAAGGUUGUGAACACAGCAGAGCAGAACUUUGGGAGCUAUGGCGUGAUUUAGCAGCUUACAAAGCCAAGCACUGUACAUCAUGUAUGUUUGAGACUGUAGUAAGAUGGCGCCGACAGACAUGGCAGCUCUGCUUAUAGCUCCUAAGCAACUUUGCAGUAUUUAGUUUUUUUGUGUGUUAUCUCUUACAUUAUUAGGCCAGAACGUUUUUUGUGUUAUUACAUACAGCCGGAAAUAACUUUUGGAUAUCAGAGUGGAGGUAACUAACCAGCAUUAAGACCUGGAAUACGACUUUCCCGAAUUGGAUCCUUUGUUCGUACCCCGCAGGGCAAUUGAACUUAUCCCAGAGGCUGCUCCAAGACGCCGCCGGCGGAGAAGAGGUAUUUGGAGUGGACUUCUAGUCCGACUCAGGAGGCGUGCACACCAUCCACUUCUUCUGAGUAUAUUACUUGCUAAUGUUCAGUCUCUGGACAAUAAAGUAGACAAGCUCAGGGCGAGGAUCUCCUUCCAGAGAGACAUCAGGGACUGUAACAUACUCUGUUUCACGGAAUCAUGGCUCUCUUGGGAUAUACUGUCCCCGUCCAUACAGCCAGCUCAGUUCAUCGCGCAGAGGAAUAAAGAACUCUCCGGGAAGAAGAAAGGCGGUUUUGUAUGUUUCAUGAUUAACUACUCAUAGUGUGAUUGUGAUAACAUACAGAAACUCAAGUCCUUUUAUUCAUCCGACCUAGAAUACCUCACAAUCAAAUGUCAGCAGUAAAAUUAGAUUUAAAAAACAGAUAAAAAUACACCUUAUGGAACAGCGGGGACUGUGAAGCAACACACACAAUGGCCCACAAGGAACUACACUGGACUUUAUAGAAACUGGAAACCACAUAUCCUGAGGCCUCAUUUACUGUAGCUGGGGAUUUUAACAUAGCAAAUUUGAGGAAAACGCUACCGAAGUUCUAUCAACAUAUUGACUGUAGUACUCGCUCUGGGAAAACACUAGACCACUGCUACUCACACUUUCGAGAUGACUACAAGGCCCUUCCCCGCCCUCCCUUUAGCAAGUCAGAUCACGACUCCAUUUUGCUCCUCCUUCCUAUAGGCAGAAACUCAAACAGGAAGUACCCGUGCUAAGGUCUAUUCAACGCUGACCAAUCGGAAUGCAUGCUUCAGGAUUGUUUUGAUCAUGCGGACUGGGAUAUUUUCCAGGUAGCCUCUGAGAAUAACAUUGACGUAUACACGGACACAGUGAAUGAGUUCAUCAGGAAGUAUAUAGGGGAUGUUGUUCCCAAACCAGAAACCGUGGAUAGAUGGCAACAUUCACAAAACUGAAAGCGUGAACCGCUGCAUUUAACCAUGGCAAGGUGACUGGGAAUAUGGUUGAAUACAAACAGUGUAGUUAGUCCCUCCAUAAGGCAAUCAAACAGGCAAAACAUCAGUACAGAGACAAAGUGCAAUUCAACGGCUCAGACACGAAACGUAUGUGGCAGGGUCUACAGACAAUCACGGAUUACAAAGGGAAAACCAGCCAUGUCGCGGACACCGACGUCUUGCUCCCGGACAAGCUAAACACCUUCUUCGCCGCUUUGGGGAUAACACAGUGCCAUUAACGCGGCACGCUUCCAAGGACUGUGGGCUCUCGUUCUCCGUGGCCGACGUGAGUAAGACAUUUAAGCGUGUUUACCCUCGCAAGGCAGCCGGCCGAGACGGCAUCCCUAGCCGCGUCCUCAGAGCAUGCACUUGCCAGCUGGCUGGAGUGUUUACGGAUGUAUUCAAUCUCUCCCUAUCCCAGUCUGCUGUCCCCACUUGCUUCAAGAUGUCCACCAUUGUUCCUGUACUCAAGAAAGCAAAGGUAACUGAACUCAAUGACUAUCACCCCGUAGCAAUCACUUCUGUCGUCAUGAAGUGCUUUGAGAGGCUAGUUAAGGACCAUAUCACCUCUAUCUUACCUGACACCCUAAACCCACUUCAAUUUGCUUACCGCCCCAAUAGAUCCACAGACGAUGCAAUCGCCAUCUCACUGCACACUGCCCUAUCCCAUCUGGACAAGAGGAAUACCUACGUAGGAAUGCUGUUCAUUAACUAUAGCUCAGCCUUCACCCUGGGUCUGAACCCUGCCCUGUGCAACUGGGUCCUGGACUUCCUGACGGACCACCCCCAGGUGGUGAAGGUAGGAAACAACACCUCCAAUUUGUUGAUCCUCAACACUGGGGCACCACAAGGGUGCGUGCUCUGCUUCCUCCUGUACUCCCUAUUCACCCAUGACUGCGUGGCCACGCACGCCUCCAACUCAAUCCUCAAGUUUGCAGACGACACAACAGUAGUAGGCCUGAUUACCAACAAUGACGAGACAUCCUACUGGGAGGAGGUGAGGGCACUGGCGGAGUGGUUCAGGAAAAUAACCUCUCCCUCAACGUCAACAAAACAAAGGAGUUGAUCGUGGACUUCAGAAAACAGCAAAGGGAGCACGCCCCUAUCCACAUCGACGGGACCGCAGUGGAGAAGGUGAAAAGCUUAAAGUUCCUCUGCAUACACAUCACUGACAAUAUGAAAUGGUCCACCCACACAGUCAGGAGGCUAAAGAAACUUGCCUUGGCCCCUAAGACCCUCACAAACCUUUACAGAAGCACAAUUGAGAGCAUCCUGUCGGGCUGUAUCACCGCCUGGUACGGCAACUGCACCGCCCGCAACUGCAGGGCUCUCCAGAGGGUGGUGCGGUCUGCCCAACACAUCUCCGGGGGCACACAGCCUGCCCUCCAGGACACCUACAGCACCCAAUGUCACAGGAAGGCCAAAAAGAUCAUCAAGGACAUCAACCACCCAAGCCACGGCCUGUUCACCCCGCUACCAUUCAGAAGGCGAGGUCAGUACAGGUGCAUCAAAGCUGGGACCGAGAUACUGAAAAACAGCUUCUAUCUCAAGGCCACCAGACUGUUAAAUAGCCAUCACUAGCCAGCUACCGCCCGGUUACUCAACCCUGCACCUUAGAGGCUGCUGCCCUAUAUACAUAGACAUGGAAUCACUGGCCACUUUAAUAAUGGAACACUAGUCACUUUAGUAAUGUUUACAUACUGCUUUACUCAUCUCAUAUGUAUAUACUGUAUUCUAUUCUACUGUAUUUUAGUUAAUGCCACUGACAUUGCUCGUCCUAAUAUUUAUAUAUUUCUUAAUUCCAUUCUUUUACUUUUAGAUUUGUGUAUCUGCAAAAUAUGUGUAUGUGCCGAAUAAAAUUUGAUUUAAUGAGGUAACUUGUGUGUUUGUUGUGUUAAAGGUGACGGUGGAUAGGUCUUUAGAAGAUUCCGGAUCCAGGAGAGAUUCCUCAUCAGAUGUCUUCAGUGAUGCUACCAAGGAGGGCAUGCUCCAUUUCCGACAGAUCAACACGGACAAGAACAAGGUGUGUGUGUGUACAGUGCUAUCCACACACACACACACACACACACACACACACAGGGAUUAAGGGGGUCAAUUAUAUCACCUGUGACAUGGUUUAGAAAGAGUAGUGGAUAAUCCUUCUGUUCCUCUGGUAGAUAUUUGGUUACAGUAAUGUCUGUUUGUGCAUUGCACUUGCCAGACCAGUUAGGCUUUGACCUAAAUGUGUUUUAGGUUCCUUGUCAUGCUCCUCCUGUAAGUUGCUCUGAAUAAGAGCUAAAUUACUAAAAUGUAAAUGUUUGCCUUGAGGUCAUGACUCCCCCUCUAGUGGGUUACACUGGACUUGAUGACAGCUCAUACUCUGUUGGAGAACCAUUUUGGAUGAGAUGCAUCAAGGAUGUGGAGAUCUUUAAUGUGCAAUGGCAUCACAUUUUACAUUUUUAGCAGAGGCUCUUAUCCAGAAUGACUUACAGUUAGUGCAUUCAUCAGCUAGGAGGGACAACCACAUAUCACAGGCAUGGUAAGUACACUUUUCCUCAAUAAAGUAGUUAUCAGCAAAGUCAGAGCUAGAAAGGGGAGGGGGGGGGGGGGGCGGAGUCAAGUGCAAGUGUUGGUUCAGGAUGGUUAUUUUAGUGCUCAGGUUGGGGUGUAUGGUUUAAGUAUAGCCUGAAGGUAAUGAGGGCCAGUUCCUCUUGCUGCUCCGUAGGCAAGCACCAUGGUCUAGUAGUGGAUGUGAACUUCAACUGGAAGCCAGUGGAGUGUGUGGAGGAGCGGGGUUACAUGGGAGAACUUGGGAAGGUUGAAAACCAGGCGUGCUGCAGCGUUCUGGAUAAGUUGCAGGGGUUUGUUGGCACAAGCAGGGAGCCCAGCCAACAGCGAGUAGCCAAGACGGGAUGCUGACCUAGGCAGAGUUGCAAAGAAAAAGCCAUAUCUCAGACUGGCCAAUAAAAAUAAAAGAUUAAGAUGGGCAGUCUGAGAUAUGGCUUUUUCUUUGCAACACUGCCUAGAAGGUCAGCAUCCCGGAGUCGCCUCUUCACUGUUGACGUUGAGACUGGUGUUUUGCGGGUACUAUUUGAUGAAGCUGCCAGUUGAGAACCUGUGAGGAGCUUGUUUCUCAAGCUAAACACUCUAAUGUAUUUGUCCUCUUGCUCAGUUGUGCACUGGGGCCUCCCACUCCUCUUUCUAUUCUGGUUAGAGCCUGUUUGCGCUGUUUUUUGAAGGGAGUAGUACACAGCGUUGUACGAGAUCUUCAGUUACUUGGCAAUUUCUCGCAUGGAAUAGCCGUCAUUUCUCAGAACAAGAAUAGACUGGCCAUUUUGAGCCUGUAAUCGAACCCACAAUUGCGGUUGCUCCAGAUACUCAACUAGUCUCAAGAAGGCCAGUUUUAUUGCUUCUUUAAUCAGCACAACAGCUUUCAGCUGUGCUAACAUAAUUGCAAAAGGGUUUUCUAAUGAUCAAUUAGCCUUUUAAAAUGAUAAACUUGGAUUAGCAAACACAACGUGCCAUUGGAACACAGGACUGAUGGUUACUGAUAAUGGGCCUCUGUACGCCUAUGUAGAUAUUCCAUUAAAAGUCAGCUGUUUCCAGCUACAAUAGCCAUUUACAACAUUAACAAUGUCUACACUGUUUUUCUGAUCAAUUUUAUGUUAUUUUAAUGGACAAAUAAAUAGCUUUUAUUUCGCAAUCAAGGACAUUUCUAAGUAACCCCAAACUUUUGAAUGGUAGUGUACAUACAUUUACAAUCAUUAACAUGUAGUGUGUGUGUGGGCAUCUAUCAGUUACACAUACAUGUCAGUACAUACACACAACAAGUAGGUCACAUGGGUGAGAGGCGUCGUGCCGUGAGGUGUUGCUUUCUUGGUUUUUUUGAAACCAGGUUUGCUGUUCAGUUGCACUAUAUAAGAUGGAAGGGAGUUCCAUGCCCUCAUGGCUCUGUAUAAUACUGUACUGUUUCCUUGAAUUUGUUCUGGACCUGGGGACUGUGAAAAUACCCCUGGUGGGGUAAGUGUGUGUGUCAGUGCUGUGUGUAAGUUGACUAUGCAAACAAUUUGGAAUUUCCAACACAAUGUUUCUUAUAAAAACAAGAAGUGACGCAGUCAGUCUUUCCUCAACUUUUAGCCAAGAGAGACUAGCAAUAUUAAUAUUAGCCCUCUGAUUACAAUGAACAGCAAGACGUGCAGCUCUGUUCUGGGCCAGCUGCAGCUUAAAUAAACUCAGCAAAAAAAAUAAACAUCCUCUCACUGUCAACUGAGUUUAUUUUCAGCAAACUUAACAUGUGUAAAUAUUUGUAUGAACAUAAGAUUCAACAACUGAGACAUAAACUGAACAAGUUCCACAGACAUGUGACUAACAGAAAUUGAAUAAUGUGUCCCUGAACAAAGGGGGGGGGGGCGUCAAAGGUAACAGUCAGUAUCUGGUGUGGCCACCAGCUGCAUUAAGUACUGCAGUGCAUCUCCUCCUCAUGGACUGCACCAGAUUUGCCAGUUCUUGCUGUGAGAUAUUACCCCACUCUUCCACCAAGGCACCUGCAAGUUCCCUGACAUUUCUGGGGGGAAUGGCCCUAGCCCUCACCCUCCGAUCCAACAGGUCCCAGACGUGCUCAAUGGGAUUGAGAUCCGGGCUCUUCGCUGGCCAUGGCAGAACACUGACAUUCCUGUCUUGCAGGAAAUCACGCACAGAACGAGCAGUGUGGCUGGUUGCAUUGUCAUGCUGGAGGGUCAUGUCAGGAUGAGCCUGCAGGAAGGGUACCACAUGAGGGAGGAGGAUGUCUUCCCUCUAACGCACAGCAUUGAGAUUGCCUGCAAUGACAACAAGCUCAGUCCGAUGAUGCUGUGACACACAGCCCCAGACCAUGACGGACCCUCCACCUCCAAAUCGAUCCCGCUCCAGAGUACAGGCCUCGGUGUAACGCUCAUUCCUUCGACAACAUAACACCUCCUCCUCCAUGCUUCACGGCGGGAACCAAACAUGCGGAGAUCAUCCGUUCACCUAUUCUGCAUCUCACAAAGACACAGAGGUUGGAACAAAAGAUCUCACAUUUGGACUCAUCAGACCAAAGGACAGAUUUCCACAGGUCUAAUGUCCAUUGCUCGUGUUUCUUGGCUCAAGCAAGUCUCUUCUUAUUAUUGGUGUCCUUUAUUAGUGGUUUCUUUGCAGCAAUUCGACCAUGAAGGCCUGAUUCACGCAGUCUCCUCUGAACAGUUGAUGUUGAGAUGUGUCUUUUACUUGAACUCUGUGAAGCAUUUAUUUGGGCUGCAAUCUCAGGUGCAGUAAAGUCUAAUGAACUUAUCCUCUGCAGCAGAGGUAACUCUGGGUCUUCCUUUCCUGUGGCGGUCCUCAUGAGAGCCAGAUUCAUAGUGCUUGAUGGUUUUUGCGACUGCACUUGAAGAAACUUUCAAAGUUCUUGAAAUGUUCCGGAUUGACCUUCAUGUAUUAAAGUAAUGAUGGACUGUCGUUUCUCUUUGCUUAUUUGAGCUGUUCUUGCCAUAAUAUGGACUUGGUCUUUUACCAAAUAGGGCUAUCUUCUGUAUACCACCCCAACCAUGUCACAACACAACUGAUUGGCUCAAACGCAUUAAAAAGGAAAUAAAUUCCACAAAUUAACUUUGAACAAGGCACAGCUGUUAAUUGAAAUGCAUUCCAGGUGACUACCUCAUGAAGCUGGUUGAGAGAAUGCCAAGCAUGUGCAAAGCUGUCAUCAAGGAAAAGGGUGGCUAUAGUUUUGAUGUCUUCACUAUUAUUCUACAAUGUAGAAAAUAGUAAAAAUAAAGAAAAACCCUUGAAUGAGUAGGUGUGUCCAAACCUUUGACUGGUACUGUAUUUCUCAUACUUGUCAUUAAGUAAUAUCAUUGUUUUUGCCUCUCCUCUCUCUCUCUCUGCAGCAUGUUGGUGGGGGAAUGUGCACCUGGAAGCAAAUGUAUGCAGUGCUGCGAGGCCACUUCCUCUGCCUAUAUAAGGACAAAAAGGAGGGACAGGCUCACGCCAACUCCCAGGUGGAGGACGAGCCCCAGCCAAUCAGCAUCAAGGCCUGUCUGAUUGACAUCUCCUACAGCGACACAAAACGCAAGAAUGUGCUGCGGCUGACCACGUCGGACUGUGAUUACCUGUUCCAGGCAGAGGAUAGAGAAGACAUGCUGGCCUGGAUCAGAGUCAUACAGGAGAACAGCAACCUGGACGAUGAGGUGAGGGACACACCCACAUCCUACAGGAGAUGACAUCCUAUCAAGUCUUCCAGGAUUGACAGAACAUUUUGGCAAAGGGAAGUCAAACCAUUUCUGUUUUGGUAUUAAAGACAUGAUCAACCUCAUUGAUGGGCAAUAAUUCAUUAAUUACAGAAAAAUAUACAAAGUAUCUUAAUUUCUGUGUCACUAUCCCUACCUUGAUAAGGAUCAGCUAACAGUGAUUGGAUAUGGGUCAUAGGUCACAUAAUACACACAUAUGACCUGACCCUGGUCUACUGUAUCUUAAAAUAGGCAAACGGAACCAGGUCCUCCCCUCCAGCUACGAAAAAACCGAAGCUCUUCUUUCCCCUCCAUUAAGACCUUAACCACACUACCCCCCCCCCCCCCCCCCCUUCUUAUUUUAGAACGCAGCCUUUACUAGUUGUGACCUCAUCAGCCGGAAGAUCAAGGAGUACAACACCUUGAUGAGGUAAGCAGGGCGGGGCCACAGAGAGGAGUCGUCCCUGGUUACAGAGGGAGAUUCAGACUUGUAUGGACUGCUACUAGUGGACGUCAGACAGCAAAACGUAUUGUGUGUGUUUACAUUUGAGUUUGUGUGUGUGACCCAGCCCGACAGGCAGUAAGACCGAACCGUCGCCCAAAUCGUCACGCCAGUCACUGAACAUCAGACAGACGUUACUGGGAGGGAAGGGGGAGCCAAAAUCUCUAAGUCCACACUCACUUAAAGCGGAGCAGGACAGGAAAAACAUGCAUAAAGGUAAGAGUCAGAGGAGAGGCCUCUUAAUUUCCGCUUAGCUCUCAACAAACCUCAAGAACCAAUUUACUUGAGUAAUGUGAAUGUCUGAUUGAUCUUUGAGCAUGGCUUUGAAUAUUCCAGUUUUGCUCAAUCUAUACAAUAUGUGUGUGUAGGUGCUCUUGUGUGAGACUAUCCUCAUGUUUUGUGUGUUAGAUGACACCAGUCCACCCAAGGACAAGGGGACGUGGAGGAAGGGUAUCCCAGGGCUGAUGAGGAAGCCCUUUGAGAGGAAGCCUUCUCCAGGCGUCACGUUUGGGAGGAGGCUGGACAACUGCCCUUCAGCCGUCACCAACAGGGUAAGAUUCAAUUCACGCCUACUCUCUCCAUCUCCUCUCUUUUAAGCUACAGUUAAUUGUUUUAUUAAUUUAUUGGAAUGGUUUAUCAGAAAGUGUCUUCCUUCUCAACACUUUGUAGCACAACUUUCUGCGGGUGCUGCCAAGGUGCCAUGGCAUUUGGAAUGGGCAUCAUUGAUGAGUCCAUGUUGUGUGUGUUGUAGUUUGUUCCCCUCAUCGUGGAGGUGUGCUGUAACAUGGUGGAGGAGAGGGGGCUGGAGUACACAGGGAUCUACAGGGUCCCAGGGAACAACUCAGCCAUCACCAACAUGCAGGAGGAGCUCGACAAUAAAGGCAUGAACGACAUCGACACCCAGGAUGAUGUGAGCGACUCAACAGAGCACAUUAUGUCUCUCUCGCUCUCCAAUUGUCUUAUGCUCAUUCUCUUUAUGUUGGCUCUAUCCUUUUUUCACACCUUUCUUCACUCACCUUUUCCGUGGUAUUUUCUUACCUCCUGUCUAAAAUCACUUUUUUACCUGCCUUUGACAGAAAUGGAGGGACCUGAAUGUGAUCAGCAGUUUACUUAAAUCCUUCUUCCGUAAACUUCCAGAGCCUCUGUUCACCAAUGGUAAGAAUAUUCAAGGAGUCCCUUUAAGGAAUUGCCUUACAUUAAGGGGUCACAAUUCCACCUAGUGGCUGAGUGUGAAACCUACAGUUAAGUACAUUUGCGACCGACCGCCUAGAUUCGGUCUUAUGUAGCAACAUUUGAAAUUGUGUUUUUUACAUUAGAUAAAAGUAGAGACUCAAGCUAGAAAAUGGUAUAUCAUACACUGUAGUUGAGGAACAAUGGGAAAGUAAUUCUGCUUUAAAAGUUUAUAAACUUGUAACCCCACUUUUGAGAAAAUGGCCCUUGAAUGUUUUGGUACACCUACUGGAGAGCUCUUCUUUGUCUACAACCCCCCAACAUCGUUCACACCCUCUUAAGCCUUAGCCCCACCCCAUCUCUUUAAGGAUUCACAUGUGAGGCUAUGUGCUAAACAGAGUGAGUAGUUUAGUAAACAACCAAAGAUUUCAAGGCUAAAAGUGGUAAAAGUAGUAGCUUACAAUAAGGAAAAACUCCAGGUACACUUUAUCUAGUCCUUGGCCUAUAUCCUCAUCUGUCUUUGGUGCAGGUCAUGUUCUUCAGACAAUAUAUCUAAUAAAAUCUAAGUUUAAUUUUCACAUGCAUAGGAUACAGAAGGUGUAAACGGUACAAUGAAAUGGUUAUUUGCAUAGUAGCAAUAUCAAAAACAGAAAGUGUCCAGUUAAAAAUACACUGCUCAAAAAAAUAAAGGGAACACUUAAACAACACAAUGCAACUCCAAGUCAAUCACACUUCUGUGAAAUCAAACUGUCCACUUAGGAAGCAACAUUGAUUGACAAUAAAUGUCAUAUGCUGUUGUGCAAAUGGAAUAGACAACAGGUGGAAAUUAUAGGCAAUUAGCAAGACACCCCCAAUAAAGAAGUGGUUCUGCAGGUGGUGACCACAGACCACUUCUCAGUUCCUAUGCUUCCUGGCUGAUGUUUUGGUCACUUUUGAAUGCUGCCGGUGCUUUCACUCUAGUGGUAGAGACGGAGUCUACAACCCACACAAGUGGCUCAGGUAGUGCAGCUCAUCAGGAUGGCACAUCAAUGCGAGCUGUGGCAAGAAGGUUUGCUGUGUCUGUCAGCGUAGUGUCCAGAGCAUGGAGGCGCUACCAGGAGACAGGCCAGUACAUCAGGAGACAUGGAGGAGGCCGUAGGAGGGCAACAACCCAGCAGCAGGACUGCUACCUCCGCCUUUGUGCAAGGAGGAGCAGGAGGAGCACUGCCAAAGCCCUGCAAAAUGACCUCCAGCAGGCCACAAAUGUGCAUGUGUCUGCUCAAACGGUCAGAAACAGACUCCAUGAGGGUGGUAUGAGGACCUAACAUCCACAGGUGGGGGUUGUGCUUACAGCCCAACACCGUGCAGGACGUUUGGCAUUUGCCAGAGAACACCAAGAUUGGCAAAUUCGCCACUGGCGCCCUGUGCUCUUCACAGAUGAAAGCAGGUUCACACUGAGCACAUGUGACAGACGUGACAGAGUCUGGAGAUGCCGUGGAGAACGUUCUGCUGCCUGCAACAUCCUCCAGCAUGACCGGUUUGGCGGUAGGUCAGUCAUGGUGUGGGGUGGCAUUUCUUUGGGGGGCCGCACAGCCCUCCAUGUGCUUGCCAGAGGUAGCCUGACUGCCAUUAGGUACCGAGAUGAGAUCCUCAGACCCCUUGUGAGACCAUAUGCUGGUGCGGUUGGCCCUGGGUUCCUCCUAAUGCAAGACAAUGCUAGACCUCAUGUGGCUGGAGUGUGUCAGCAGUUCCUGCAAGAGGAAGGCAUUGAUGCUAUGGCCCGUUCCCCAGACCUGAAUCCAAUUGAGCACAUCUGGGACAUCAUGUCUCGCUCCAUCCACCAACGCCACGUUGCACCACAGACUGUCCAGGAGUUGGCGGAUGCUUUAGUCCAGGUCUGGGAGGAGAUCCCUCAGGAGACCAUCCGCCACCUCAUCAGGAGCAUGCCCAGGCGUUGUAGGGAGGUCAUACAGGCACGUGGAGGCCACACACACCACUGAGCCUCAUUUUGACUUGUUUUAAGGACAUUACAGGCUGAUCCAACUUUGAUGUAGUGUGGUUUUCCUCUUUAAUUUUGAGGGUGACUCCAAAUCCAGACCUCCAUGGGUUGAUACAUUUGUUUUCCAUUGAUAAUUUUUGUGUGAUUUUGUUGUCAGCACAUUCAACUAUGUAAAGAAAAAAGUAUUCCCUUUAUUUUUUUGAGCAGUGUAUUUUAUAAUUAUUAGAUUACGCUUACCCGACACACUUGUCUAAAUUAAUGGAUAAUGUGAAGGAAAUUCUAUAACCACCCCCCAGCCACAUCUAGCUAAGUGGAUGGGUCACUAUUGUCUAGACAUGUACACAUGUUCUUGAAAUACAAUAGAUGGUCAUAAUCACCCCCAGACACACCUGGCUAACUUGAUGGGUCAUGUAAAUGUCUGGUGAAGUGGCAUCUUUUGUUUAGACAUGUAGCUAGCUAAACAAUAAACUGGCAUAAUCCCAACUCAUACUACUACCAAUACAAACGUUGUCAUAGCUGUAGUAUUAAUCUGCAGGUAGCUAAAGAGCUAACCAACUAGGUUCAAUGUUAGCUAGCAAACAUUAGGCUAUAACUAGCAAUGUAAAUGUAUUUCUGAUUCGAAUAAUAUUACUACACAGAUCAUACACAUCAUGUUAGCUAGCGAGCCAGCAAGCUAAUGUUUGCUAGCUAGCUAACAGUACCCUUUAACUUGCAAUGAAAACGACUUUGUGACAAAAUUAGAAAUUUAUUAUAUCUGAAAAUGUAGCUAGACUCUUACACGUAUACAUGGAUGAACGCUUCACUGCAGACUGGAACCAUUUAACUCUAGCUGUGUCAACUCACUCCGGUUCACACUGACCAUGACGUGUGCAGAAUGUAGCCCAUCACUUUUCCAACUCAUCCAUUAUCUCAGUCAAUCAUGGCUAGAGGGAAGGUUCCUGUCUUUUUCUGUGUCUAAACCAACUAGGCACAUAAUUUAACAAUUUUAUUUGUAUUUACGAAUGGAAUAUAGGCUUGUUAUUAAAGCAUAUGAAAGUUCACAUGUUCCAGAAGGCAUUUCUGCCAAAGAAAACUCAUUUUAAUAAAAAAUAAAUGUUUACGUUCUCUCCUGUGAAGUAGUGACAUGCGACAUACGCCUAGUUUCCUGAAACGAGUCACAUAUUCAGUUUAGUAUUCACUUUCAUAACACCAAGAGCCUUUAUCUUCUUGUGUAAAACCAAUGUCCGCUUCAUUUGUGCCAUGUAGAGAAGUAUGCAGACUUCAUAGAGGCCAACAGAACAGAGGACCCAGUGAAAAGACUGAAAUUGUUGAAGAGGAUGGUGGGUUCAUGUGACAUUCAUUAUGAACUUAACUGAUAACAUUGCAUGGUGCCUAUAUUAAUCCUACUUCUCACUGCAGCUACACGAGUUGCCAGAUCAUCACUACGAGACCCUCAAGUUCCUCUCGGCUCAUCUGAAAACAGUGUCUGACAACUCUGAUAAAAAUAAGGUCUGUCAGUUUCCAUCUUGAAUAGUGGCUGGCAGCCCUAGCGUUCAACUUAGAGAACCUGUGAUUGUAUUGAUGGUAUGUACGUGUAAAGCAUAUUUGUGUUCCUAACUAUCCUUUGGCUGUGUGUUAGAUGGAGCCAAGGAACCUGGCCAUCGUGUUUGGUCCCACUCUGGUGCGCACCUCAGAGGACAACAUGACCCACAUGGUCACCCACAUGCCCGACCAGUACAAGAUCGUAGAGACUCUCAUUCAGCAUGUGAGUCCCACUUACCACCUUAAUUGCAGACACAAGUGGACUGUUUGUGCAUAAUUUGCAUAUCAAACAAUUUCUGCUUGAACUCAUUUGAGUACUUGAUAAAAAAAAGUGAUCCCCUAAAGAUAACGCUCCCUUUCUUUUGUUCUAGUACGACUGGUUUUUCAUAGAGGAAGGCAACGGGGAGCCAGUGGUGGGUACAGUCACAUUCCUGCCCUCAAUGUGACCUAUAUUAUUCCUGUCCUAUUUGCUCUUUUCUGCGAGGCUUAUAGAGUGUUCACCCUGUUGCCUGACUCUGUUUCUUUCAGACUAUGGCCCGAUAUGAGAACGCGGUGGAGUCUCAGCCUGUGCCCAACAUCGACCACCUGCUCACUAACAUCGGCCGCAUGGCCGCAAUGCAGGGGGAAGUCUCAGGUAACGUGUUCCCUGGACCAGACCGAUACUGUGGUGGUGGGUCAACCUUUUGCUACCUUUACCCUGCUAACCACUGUGUCUGUCGCUGGUGA